AUGAAAAGGAUCAACUCCAUUCUUGGGAGAUGCAAGACAUUGUCGAGGGAAAUGGGUCGAAGCUCCUCUGACAUUAGGCUGAGAUCCAGAUCAAUGAGGGAUUCGGGCCCAUAUUACAAACUAUUUUCAGGUCCAACUGAUCAAUCAGAGGCCCAUAAGACGAUCUUUGUGGGGAGUUCAAGAAUAAGGUAUGUGAUCAGCUCAAAAUUCUUGAACCAUCCUUUGCUCAAUGCUCUCAUUGAAAAAUCCAAGUAUGAAUUGGGUCGGGACACGAGCAUGGGUACGGAUUCAGAUGUGUCUGUGAAGUGUGAGGUGGUGCUUUUUGACCAUCUCUUAUGGAUGCUAGAAAAUGCAGAUCCCAGUUCAUGUUCUGAUUCUUUGGAGGAGUUGGCAGAACUUUAUGUGUGUCUAAUUUAG